AAUUCUUCCCCCCCCACUGUGAUGGCCAUGUCUUCCCAUAUUCUGUUAUGGCCAGUUCUUCCCAUUUUCUGUGAUGGCCAGUUCUUCCCACUCUGUGAUGGCCAUGUCUUCCCAUAUUCUGUUAUGGUCAGUCCUUCCCAUUCUCUGGGAUAACCAUGUCUUCCCAUAUUGUUAUGGUCAGUUCUUCCCAUUCUCUGUGAUAACCAUGUCUUCCCAUAUUGUUAUGGUCAGUUCUUCCCAGAUUCUGUUUAUGGUCAGUUCUUCCCAUUCUCUGUGAUAACCAUGUCUUCCCAUAUUCUGUUAUGGUCAGUUCUUCCCAUAUUCUGUUAUGGUCAGUUCUUCCCAUAUUCUAUUAUGGCCAGUUCUUCCCAUUUUCUGUGAUGGCCGCGUCUUCCCGUUUUCCGUGAGGGCCCACGUGCGCCCCCGGGCAGGAGGCCCAUUGUUAUUGUCCCGGGAGAGUAACCGCUCCGGCCUCCUCCAUCGCCUCCCUAACGUGUGAAUGUUCUGGCUGUUUUCCUCGGCUAUAUUUCUUACUGCGGGUUUAGAAGACUCUCUGCAGUUACUCCAGGAUGGAUGGUGAUCAAGAACAGAGCCGAUGCAGGAAGCAAUCGAUGAAAGAAACACUAUGGAGAGAGAAGCUGAGAAGUGUAUUCCAAACGUACAGUAGGGCGAGGCUUUCACCCUCAAAAUUUCUGGGUAUAUCUGAUGAUUAUUCUGAUAUGGAAAAUGCCGAUAGUGACAGUGAUUUUGAUAGUGAAUUCAGUGAAACGGAAACAUCAGAUGAUGAUGAUGAAAGUGAGGAGAGCGAGGAUGAUGAUGAUCAGACUGCCACACGUGCACGGCGUGGUAUUGGAACACGUACCUCACGUACCCCGCCAACAAGUUCUGAUGAUGCUUGGUCUACUGACAAUACUCCUCCCUUGGUAGACAGGUUUACAGGAACACCAGGCUUGACUUGCCCUGUACCGAGCACUCCUCUGGGAUUUGUACAAUUAUUUCUUACGCCAAGUUUGCUGAAAUUUCUGGUCUAUGAGACUAACUUGUAUGCGACCCAAAGCAAUGCACGUACUGCGACCAACAGAAGCAAUAGAUGGGAACCAGUGAGAGAAAAAGAGAUGGCCCGAUAUUUGGGACUGACAAUUUUGAUGGGCAUUUUGAGGUUGCCAAAGAUGAGAAUGUACUGGCAAACGGGUAAACUUUGGCACGCACCUUGCUUCAAUACUUUUAUGACUUGGAAACGAUAUGAAAUGAUUUCAAAGUAUUUUCAUAUUUAUAACAAUAAUGCCAUUCCAGAAGACAAUCCAGACAGACUAAUCAAAGUUCGAUCAGUCCAGCAAUAUCUCACACAGAAAUUCAAGACAUUAUACAUUCCUCAGAAAAAUUUGAGUCUCAGUGAAGGCACAAUGGCAUGGCGUGACCGUCUAGCUCUCAAGCCUUGUAAUCCCAAUAAACCUGACAAGUAUGGAAUUAAGCUCUACAUGCUAGCUGAAUCCCAGACUGGUUACAUCUAUGAUUUUGAGGUGUAUGCAGGAAUCGGAAAGACGGUCGAAACGGUUAUGGGUUUGAUUGAACCGCUGAAAAACAAAGGUUAUCAUUUAUAUAUGGAUAGCUAUUAUAAUUCUGUUCGAUUGAGUGAAUUGCUGCAUGAACAAGGUGUAUACACCUGUGGUACUAUCAGAUUGCAGAGUGGUGCCCCUAAAUAUCUUCAGGUCCAAGCAAUGGGUAAAAUGCCAGUAGGUAAAACUCUAUUCCGACGCAAGGACAAUACUUUUAUAAUUCUGUGGAAUGAUAAGCGAGUUGUUUCACUCAUCACAACUUGCCACAAUGCAGAUACACAACAAGUGGAACGAAAGAAACGUGUACGCAAACGUGACGGAACAUCAUCAUUGCAACAGGAAACUGUGAACAAACCAAAUGCAAUCUGUGACUACAAUACACAUUUGAAAGGUGUUAAUCACUUCAACCAAAAGUUCAAAUAUCAAUUCACACGAGAAAGUCACAAGUGGACGAAAAAAAUGACGUUCUACUUUCUGCAACUGGCUAUCCAUAAUGCUUAUGUGUUAUACAAAUACUACACGACAGAUACAAAGAAACUCACGUUACUCCAUUUCCACGAAGCAGUCAUUAAAUCACUACUGUACUUUCAGCCUAAGAUUUGGCCUCUGCAAAAUGAUAACAUCACACAUGCUGCUGAUUUACAUGACAGUGAGAGCACAUCUACUGGUGACAAUAUUGCAACACCCGGACCAACAACACCCGGGCCAACAACACCCGGGCCAACAACACCCGGGCCAACAACACCCGGGCCAACAACACCCGGACCAACAACACCCGGACCAUCAGGUGUGAGGCAGCCACUAUUCCCUUCACCUCCAGCUGUGUAUUCAUCAUCUGACUCGGAAGACGAGAGUCAGACUAUCCCUAGUGGUGCUUCUCCUGGAAAAAGACCACGCGUUGUGGAUAAUCCAGAACGUCUGAACAGGUACUUGAAACAUUCCCAAGUAAAGAUACAGAAGCGUCUGAGGUGUCGUGUCUGCAAAAUGUCUGGUAAGAGGAGGGACACGCACUAUAAGUGCAAGCUGUGCAAUGUGCCACUGUGUCCUGCACCAUGCUACAGCAGAUACCAUCACAAGAAACAAUAUUGGGAGGGUAAGCAGUAAUGCUUGCUCACCGUCCACUCCACCUAUAAAACAUGGGUUGAAAAUCGGCACAAGUCGAGCCUGGCCUCGGGUCGGGCUUAGGGAGUAGAAGAACUCCCAGAACCCCAUCAACCAGGUAUCUUCAAGAAACGUUUUCGGGGAGCAGGUGGAGUGGAUAAAACCUAAUACUCAACUCAUGUCAUGCUCUACAAACAUCAUUGGAUUGGUAAGUACCAAAAGUUUUUGAUUUUUUAUAUAAUUUAUAUUGUGGUUUAUACUUUAUUUUAUUGUAUUGGUAAUGUUGUUGUUCCAUUUGCCCUUAUAUGCAUAUAUCCCUUUAAAGCAUUCUAUUGGGAACAAUUUGAUACCAAAAUGAGUGCUGUAACACAAAUUUUUGUUAUCAACCGGAAAAAAUACUAAACAUUUCUUCCAUUUUCACAGAACUUCACUGUAUACCAAUUCAAGCUUUUGUAUAAAAGUUUUUAUGUUUUCUCUACUUUUAACCCAGAAAUUGCUGCUUUUAUGCAUUUUGUUUUACUAGUAAUUAGUUAGUUUUACAGUAAAAAAUUGCAAAUUCUAGUAGUCAAGAUAUUGUAUUGAAUCUCAUGUGUUAUAUAGUAACAUGAACUUAAUGACGCAGGAAAUAAAACUAUCCAAAUUCCUCACAAAAAUAGAGCCAUGAAUAAGCAAAAAUUAUCUGUCUUCUUUCUAACAUGCU